GCUAAAUCUUUUGAAUCGCGGAAGUGCGGCCACUGUGGUUUGUUUUGAGCUACGCGUAGCACAACUGGAGUAUUAUCGAAACAUUUUCGUCUCAAAGACAACUUUUACAGAGCAACAGAGCACUGGCAUCAGACUGAUAAAAUGGAGGACGACGCUCCUGUUAUUUAUGGUCUCGAAUUUCAGGCAAGAGCACUCACUGCUCAGACAGCUGAGACUGAUGCCAUUCGUUUCCUCGUGGGCACACAGUCGCUGAAAUUUGACAACCAGAUCCACAUCAUUGACUUUGAUGAUGAGAAUAACAUCAUUAAUAAGAAUGUCCUUCUGCACCAAGCUGGGGAGAUAUGGCACAUUGGCGCCAGUCCUGCAGAUAAGGCUGUGCUUACCACCUGCUAUAACAAAACCAGUGACAGCAGGGUGGUGUCCUGUGCAGCAGUAUGGCGGAUGCCCUCUGACUGGGAGAGCGGAAGUCAUGAGUCACCUGACGACUCCGCCCACAACCCCCAAACCCUGGAGCUGCUCUGUCACCUGGACGACAGCGCCCACGGUAACGCCGCCUGCGUGCUGUGGGAGCCGAUGGGGGACGGCAAGCGUGUGAUUUCGUUGGCUGAUAACCAUGCACUACUCUGGGACCUGCAGGAGAGCUCCACGCAGGCCACGGUCUCCAGCACCGCCACCCUCGAAGGUAAAGGUCAGUUGAAGUUCACAUCUGGUAAGUGGAGCCCCCACCACAACUGCAGCCAGCUCGCCACAGCCAAUGACACAGCCAUACGAGGCUGGGACCUCCGCACUAUGAGCCAGAUCUACUGUAUAGAGAACGCCCAUGGCCAGCUGGUGCGUGACCUGGACUUCAAUCCCAACCGCCAGUACUACCUGGCCAGCUGCGGAGACGACUGCAAGGUCAAGUUCUGGGACGUUCGCAAUGUCCAGGAGCCCGUGAAGACCCUGGAGGACCACUCGCACUGGGUGUGGAGCGUCCGCUACAACCACAGCCACGACCAGCUGGUGUUGACAGCCAGCAGUGACAGCCGCCUCAUCCUCUCCAACAUGGUGUCCAUCUCCUCGGAGCCAUUCGGACACUUGGUGGAUGACGAGGAACUCAGCGAGGGGGAGGACAACCACCAGGAAGACAAGAGUAAGGAGCCACUAAAGGACAGCGUGGUGUCCACCUAUGAGGAACACGAGGACAGUGUGUACGCAGCGGAGUGGUCAUCGGCUGACCCCUGGCUCUUCGCCUCGCUCAGUUACGAUGGACGCCUUGUUAUCAACAGGGUCCCCCGCGCUCUCAAAUACCGCAUCCUGCUCUGAGCGAGGGGAGGGAAGGUGAUCAAGUUUGUGGGAAUGUUUGUGUGUGUGGAAGCUUGAUACUGUAUGAGUGCUGCAGAAGACUGUAUGUGAAGGCAGCAAUGGAAAAGACUUUUUUUGUGUCUUUUUGUGUGUGUGUGUGUGUGUGUGUGUGUGUGUGUGUGUGUGAUUUAAUUUCACUGUACUACUCAUGGUCAUAGUGCGAAAACCGUAAAAAAAUAAAAAAUAAAAACUGUGUGCUCCAUAACAUUAAAGUAAAAAGACUUCUGGAAAAACA